AUGAGUGAAAUUAAUCCUCGUGAAGACACAGUCUCUUCUUUACAAUCCAAACUUUUUCUCAACGAUGGGAUAUCAGAGAACAACAAGAAAAAUGUUAUAUUGCUAAAUCAGAUAGUCCCGUUCAUUCUGAAUACUUCACACUAUAUGACGGAUCUUAUGUAUAUUCUGUAUUAUCUGGCUCAGAAACAGGACGAAAAAUCUUCAAAUGCAGAUGGUACACGUACAUCACGCAGGGAGGAACUUCUAGCAUUAAAAAAUGAUCUUUGUGAACUGAUUUAUGAUUUAAGAACAGGUUUCCGCUUAUUAUUGGAUAGUUGUGAACUAGACCACUUUGAAACACCAGGUAAAUGCCGACAUUUGAUUGAGAAGGGUUUAGUCACCUCUAUUUAUGACGUAAAUAGAUUCAUUUUCCAGGAAUUGAAUAGGUUAAACGUUGAUUUUAAAGAAGAAUUUACUCUACAGAUGCAGAAUUGCUUAUUGGGAUUCGUUAAUCUAUAUAAAUUUUUGAAUAAAAUCCCCAUGAAUAAACAGCAAUCACAAAUGAACGAUUUACAGAUGAAAAUUUUAGUUAAUGUGUUGCAGAACGAAUUAUUACCUAUCUGGAAGUUUCAGCUGGACUUACUGAAUUGUAAACUCUUUAAUGAGCUUUCCAAGGAUACGGACAUGGUUAAAGUAUAUAGAGAAGCUACGAACGAUACGGCUGUUGACGUCAGCAAUGGCGAACCCUUCAUUAGAUACGUUAACUGGCUGAAGGAUCAAAUUAUCGGCGAAAUGACAGUGUAG